AUGGAAGGCGUGGGGUCCAGGCAGAGCCGGGCAUCGUCGCGCUACGCCUCCGGCCCCUCCGCGCCGGUCUUCAGCGGCCGCGUCAGGAAGUGGAAGAAGCAGUGGGUCACCUCCCCCGCCGCCACCAUUACCAAAGCCGGCAAACGGAACGACGCUCCGCCGCUCCUCCUCUGCCGCUGGACCCCGCUCUCCGCCGCCGACGACCCGCCCAAGCGCCGCUUCCGCUACACUCCGGUUGUUCCUAUUGAAAAGGGAAAAACCUCAAGUGUGGAGGAUGAAGGUGAGACUGGUGAAAAGACUAUCUUCUCCAAGGAAGAAGCUCAGGAAAUGAAUGCAGAAGACCAAGCAGAAGAAGAUUAAACUCAAGACCAAACUUAGGAUAUUAGCAUUAGAUAUGUCUCUUUUUUUAAGGUCAAGUAGGAAGCCAAGGGUUUAAGCAUAUUAGCAUGUAGCUGGAUGAAAAUGGCUGUUAAUUAUCUCUAGUUUUUUGUUUUUUUGAGGGAAUUAUCUCUGUUUAUUACUAUUAUACCAUAAGCCUAUAUUCAACUGCAUGUUCUCAA